AUGGCCGACACGCCGUACAAUCCGACCUUCAAGAGGCCGACGAGCGCCCGACCACAGUACAUGCGCUCGCCGUCACCUCCGCGAGCAUUCGUUGAGCCGCUUUCACCGCCCAAACCCACGCCAAUGGAACCGAAUUUCAACUAUCCUCCAAUCCACAACCCGCUCCGAUACCCAGCUUCAGCUGAACAACCCUUCGCAGCAACCCCGAGGUCCAGAGCGUACAGCACAAACCAGCAGAACGGACACCAUCGCACACCCUCGUCCAUAGACACUCUCGCUGAAGCGGCGCUUGGGUCGAGUCCGUACCAUGGGCAUUCGAGGCAUAGCUCGGCUAUAUACGAGACGAACGGCUACAGCCAUGCACACCCCUCACAGCAUCCUUAUGGUACAAGCGAGCCUCCGCACAAGAGGACACGGUCUGAGCUUCUUCCGUCACCGCAUGUUGGAUACCAAGCAUCACGUCCUGCGACAAGCUACCAGUCGCAUCCCUGGUCUCACUCCGCUCACCAUGGCCAAGGAUACAACAGCAGGGUCGAAGAAGCAGCGUUGCUGCUCAACUUUCAAUCUGGAGGUUGGCCAGGGCAGAGCUCACCCAGUGCGCCGAAGACGUUCACGCCAGCAGCCCCACGGCCACACGCCAACAGCUUUCCUCAAGGAGUCUUGCGACCGCGACCAGCGGAGGCAGUACGGAAUCCACAGCCCGGACUGCUCCCUUCGUUCCAUCCUCACACUGCGCAUCAACAGCCCCCAAUCUUUGAGACUCCCGAAGACACACUAACAGUACCGGCGUCUCCACGCCACACUUCUUCCAAUGGCCACGUUGGCAACGAUGUCGACAUGCAAGAUGCGCCGUGCAGCGAUCCGGUCCGCCACGUGGCUGAACAACCUCUAGGUCGCCCUGCAGACGAUCAAAUGUCUCAUGGAGAGAGCACAGACGUGACUGUGAGCGAAGCAUCCGAUGCACCAAAGCCACGCCGAGGCUGGCCGAAAGGUAAGCCAAGAGGAUCGGGCGCAAGGAAGACCAUCGCAGAAAAGGCGGCCACAAAGCGGGCGGCGUCGCGGAAGAAGACGCCAGAUUCCAAGGCCAGCCGCGGCAAGUCGGAUGGCAUUCGAGACGCAUCUGCCACUGCUUCCGAGCCCCGGCGAAAGAGCUUGAAUGAUGCUUUCGUGUUUGGCGAGCAGGAUUCUAACGAGGAGAGCCGCUCUGAUGCGCACCGGCCACGAUCUGUUCCUCCUAAGACACCCAUGAUCAUCCGCGAGGCUGCUGCACCGAAAGCCAGUCGGCGCAAGCUCGAGGUCCGUCCCGAUACUGUCUGCGCCGGCUGCCAGACAUCCCGAGAGACUGCGACCUCUCGUGGAGAGUUCGACGAAUGGAUAUCAUGCAAUGGGUGCAAGAAAUGGUUUCACAUUGAUUGUGCUGGAUUCAAGAAAGCCCACGAUAUCCGAGAUGUCGACAAGUACUUUUGCACUGCAUGCGAGCCAGAGCACGGCAAGACGACGUAUGUGCGCAAGAGUACCCGCGCGCAUGCCUCAGUUGAUUAUGCAGAGCUGCAGCGCGGCGUGCUCAAGACUGGCGAGGAGGAGCGCAAGCAUCACUACAUCCAGCCGAUCAAGGAUGGGACAUUCCAAUUCGACCGCGAGGCAUUCCCGCGCAUGCGCCCAGAGAUGGUCACACGGGAGUUCUUCGAGCGCAGCGGGACUUUCACCGAACCAAUCUGUGUGCCGGCUGCGUGGAAUCCGAGGCCCUGGGCAGAGCGCGAGCAUGCUCAAAGUCAUCCUCAUGGCACGAACGGGGAAGGAUGUAAUGUCGGCGCUCUGGCAGACGCACUGAUAGAUGAACUCGAGUACGAGACUGUCCCUGACCACGGGCAAGACAGGCUUGAGAUGGUGAUGCCGGAAGGGUUGAGCGUGAGAUCAGUCUGCAACCUCAUUGGCGGCGACUGGCCGAUUGAUGUGAUCGACGUCAAGACACAGAACUCCGGAGCGAAGUGGAACAUGGCGAAAUGGGCCGACUACUACGAGGAGAUCCCAGACGAGAGCAAAGCGAUCCGGAACGUCAUCAGCCUCGAAGUUUCCCAAACGAAACUCGGCCGGCUGCUGCAGCGACCAAAGGUCGUUCGAGAUCUCGAUCUGCAGGACGAUGUCUGGCCGCAGGAGGAGAUCGACAAAGGCAAGUUCCCGAAGGUGCAAUUCUACUGCCUGAUGUCGGUAGCGGACAGUUACACCGACUUUCACAUCGACUUUGGCGGAAGUAGCGUGUACUACCACAUCCUCAAGGGCAAGAAGACGUUCUUCUUCAUUCCGCCCAAAGCGAAGCACCUCAAAGCGUACGAGGAGUGGAACGACAGCCCGCAGCAGAACUUCACCUUCCUUCCCAACAUCACGAAGGAAUGCUACCGAGUCGAUCUGCACGAAGGCGAUACAAUGCUCAUCCCCUCCGGCUGGAUUCACGCCGUCUGGACGCCCGAAGAUAGCUUGGUGAUUGGAGGCAACUUCCUGAACCGUUUGUCCUACAAGAACCAGUUCAAGGUGGUGGAUAUCGAAAAGGCCAACGAGACUCCGAUGAAGUUCCGCUACCCGAGCUUCCAGAAGGUCAUGUGGUACACUGCGAUCAAGUACCUGCAGGACGAUCCACUGCCGGAGGAGGUCAGCCAGUUGUUCUAUGAUGGGAGGAGGUUCGAGAGGGAGGUUCCAGUAUGGGCGGACUUUGAUGGUGAGAUCGCAAGGAACAAUCCUCAGCCGGGAUGGCAGAACGCACGCUAUUACAGCCAGGCGGAGAUUGAAGGCCUGCCAGAGCUGGUGAACUACAUCUUUCGGACGGUAAUGUUGGUGAUGGGUCGCAUCGAAGGCGUUUCUGCGGACAGAGUCAAGCGGGUCAAUGCGUCGAUCCCAAAAGGGUUCGGGGACCCACUUAAAUUAGCGCAAAAGUUCGCGUUCUGGAGCACCUGGAAGCGCGGCAACGAAGAUCCUCCAACGUGGGCGCACCCGGACGCUGUUUUACCCAGCAGCAAGGAAGGACCGCCGAAGAAGUUGUCAGAGCGAAAACUGAAGGAAUUGGAGCGCAAAGAGGCCAUUGCCGCAUGGCGCAUCGCCCCUGAUCGCCAGAGUGUGCGAGUCAUGGCGAAAAACGCGAACGCUGCUGCUGCAGCUGCCACCGACGCCACCUCGAUGGAUGGAACUUCAUCACCAGCGCCGGCGCACUUGCAAAACCAUCACAUGGCAUCGCAAUUCCAUCAAAACCAGGCGUAUCCAGAUGCCCGCGCCACUCCGGCGCAUGCGCCGAUGACUUUCAUGAUGCAGGGCCCGCCGGGCGCGCAUCUCAGCACGCCGAAGACGUCUGUCCUGGGACCGAAACGUGUCGCGUGCGAUGUCUGUCGCAGACGUCGCAUCAAAUGCAAGCACAAAGACAUUGUCCAGCAACUGACUCCCGACGGCGUGCCUUCUGUCAAUGGCAUUGACCCUGCUUUGGCGCCGGAACUGCACGAUAACAUCACGGUCUCGCCAUCAAAGUUUGGAGAGAAUGGACAUAUGGGUUAUCAAAUGGGCGCGAAUUCUGGGCCCUAUGCAGGUGGUUUACCGAAUGGGGAUGGGUUCUCCGCCGGCGGUGCUGGGCGAGACGGUCCGAUGCCCGGGACGAGCGCAUAUGUAACGGCGAAUAUUCCGAUGGCGAUGAAUGGGGUGCAGAUGUUUGGGGAGGUGGGGAAGAAGGGGAGGAGUAAGGCGUGUUAUGAGUGUCGCAAGUCCAAGCGACGAUGCAUUCAUGACGAGAGCGGUAAUGUCGACCCGGCGAAAGCUGCUGAGCCUCCAAUACCUAGAGCCGGAAUACCAUCGAAGAAACGCGCCGCUCUGGAAGAUCGCCAACGCAGUCCGUUGCUCAAGAAGACUUCUUCCGAAGGAAGCCCUUCCUACACACCGAUCUCAACGCCGCAUCAGCAUCACAUGGUCGGCCACGGUGUGCUCAAACCCAGCUUUCUGAUGAGCAGGAGAGAUUGCGACAAAGCAGACGGCCGUGCCAGUUCGGAGCGCGAUGCGUCGGCGCCGCCACCGCGUUCACGGUCCCCACAGUCGCAAAGCGAACAGCCGCAGCUCCAACCCCAAACUCAGCCGACACCGAACAUUGACCCCAGCCUGUACGAAAUGUACUCUACCCGCGAGCGCGAGGAAAGCUACGGCGAGCCACGAAACAGCUAUUCUUAUCCCAACGCCGACCAAGGCCAGCCGUACCCACAAGGACAGUCGGGAUACCAGAUGCCGUCGCUGGAGCAGAUCGCCAAUGAAGUCCUGGUAGACAUGAAUGGGAAUGAACAACCCGAGCAUGCGCCUAGUGGUCUUUUACCGGACGGCUUCGACCAGAUCCACGCAUUCAACCAGUCAAAUGCUGCGUCGAUGCUGAACGGACUUCCUCACGCUGAGCCAGAACCCAAACCGGACGGGAGUGUCGAUAGUGCCGUUUCUCUUCCGGCCAACGAGGCUUCGCAGAACAGCACAGGCAGUGCAAGUCUUGCGAAUGGCGAGGCUGCGCAACUGGAGCAAGGUACGGUAGAAGGCCUACCAAAUGGCGACGUCAAGCCGAACAUGCCUCCUCAGCCUUCGAUAGAAACAGAGCAGGAGACAGUACCUCACCAACCGCCAUCGCCAGCACUUGCCCGCGCUACUUCUCCGAUCGAUGCAAAGCCCAACAUCAACACCCUUCCUCUCUACCAACCACCCGCGCCUCCCGCUAAAUCACCCGAGGUUGCGAAGAAGCAGCCGAAUGGCGUUCAGCACGGUGGUGUGAGCAUGUCGCCACCAACCGAGACACCUGGGAAGCGGAAACGAGAUGAUGCGUCGGUGACGCCUAGCGUGAAAGGUGCGAAGAAGGCGAAGGUUGGGGAGGUGGUGGAGGGAGAUGAUGGGAGUGCGGAGUUGGUGCGCAUGUUGCAGCAGGAGGAUAGGGGGUUGAGGAGGAGGAGCAAGUGA